AUGAAGAGUGCUGCUUUUAAGUGCAAGACCUGUAGUAAAGAAUUCCUUUCAUUUCAAGCUCUUGGUGGACAUAGGGCUAGCCACAAUAAGCUUAAGCUAAUUGGAAAAAAAGGUUCUUCUGGCAAGUUGCAUAUAUGUUCUAUUUGUGGGCUUCAAUUUGCAACUGGACAAGCACUUGGAGGACACAUGAGAAAACAUAGAACAGGUCCAGUUCAUGAUUAUGAUCAAGAUGACACCAUGGCUAAUGGUCCUAAGAGGUUUCAUCUCUGCUUGGAUUUGAACUUGACACCCUAUGAGAAUGAUCUUAAGUUACUUAACUUCUUCUUUUUUGAGGCAUUGAGUACUUUCACUUAA